AUGGCGCCGGGUGUGGGAGGCUACCGCCAGAUCAAUAAGGCACUCAAUAUUUGUGCCUUUGAGGAGUACCUCGAAAGCCAGCAAACACGUUUGCCGAAACUCCUGGACGUAGAGCAAAUCAGUCCACGAGUGAUACGCAUUCUUGGAUGUAAUCCGGGGAAGUUCACGCUUCAGGGUACAAACACAUACAUCCUAGGGACGGGCGCCAAGCGCCUCAUUAUUGACACAGGUCAGGGCAUUCCAGACUGGGCAAACCUGAUUGAGGACACCCUUGAGAAAGAAAGCAUCUCAUUGUCACAAGUCCUGCUCACACAUUGGCAUGGCGACCAUACUGGCGGUGUUCCUGACUUGGUUCGCAUGUAUCCUGAGCUCACUGAGUCUAUUUUUAAGCAUACGCCGAGCAAGACCCAACAACCGAUCAAGGAUGGACAGGUUUUCGAAGUUGAAGGGGCCACUGUGCGUGCGGUGCACGCUCCAGGUCACUCACACGACCAUAUGUGCUUUAUCCUUGAGGAAGAAGAGGCAAUGUUCACAGGAGACAACAUUUUGGGCCAUGGCACCACCGCAGUUGAGCAUCUUAAUACCUGGAUAACGACACUACGUACAAUGCAAUCUCACAAUUGCGUCAAAGGCUACCCGGCCCAUGGGGUUGUCAUCGCGGACCUUAAAGGCAAAAUCGCCGGUGAACUAGCGGGAAAGCAACGGAGGGAACGACGGGCACUGGAGGCGUUGCAGCAGGCGAGGCCUGUUGACAGUGGGGGUGGUAAAGGCAGGCUUACGGUUAAGGAGCUUGUCACGGCUGUGUAUGGGGAUAAUUCGGACACUACUAUUAGACAGAUGGCUCUAGAGCCUUUCAUGGACGAGGUCCUACGAAAACUAGCGGAGGAUAAUGUGGUGGGCUUUCAGGUCAGAUCCGGGGUGAAGAGAUGGUUUGCUCUUGUGUGA